AUGUCUCCUGAAUCAUCGCUGUCAUUACAGAAGUCGUCUCUAGAGGAUCGGUACAUUUUUGGCGCAUCAUCUGCCUUCUUUGAAACUCGUGGCGCUUUCACUUUUGACCCAGAUACCCCUCUACCGUCUGUGGAGCGAGCCCCUCUCCCUUCGGAUAGUCAACAAUGCGCGCCGAGCACACCGUCGAUUGAAAAUUUCACUGAGCAGAUAUCUGACGGGGCUAUUGUUCAGGAGCAAAUCGAUGCUCUGCAUAGUCUGAAAUUGACAUCGCCGGAAACCUCAGAGCUUUCUCCGGAACGAAAAGCUCCGACACCUUCAAUCUGUAUAUCUCCAUCGGCGUCCCCAGUUCAUGUGGUUAGAAGCGACAGUCUUGUUGCAGAUCUUCGGACUCUACACAUAGAUUCUCGUGAUGGAAACUCCAAGCCACCGUUACGCACACCAUCUUCGCCCUCCCCUUCCCGCCGUCGUCGCUCUGGGUCUGGGAUUAUUCGAGAUACUCAUCGAAUUGAAGAUGAACCCCCCCACCCUAGCCCUUUCCACAAUCCUGAAGUCCAAAAUUCUCUUUCUGACGUCAAACGUUGCGUGUCGAGAAUGGUCACUGCCCUGUCUAGCUCGAGUUUACAUCUCGAAAGCGGCUCUACUAUACAGAGUCUUCACCAACAAGCCCUAGACUUGGUUCACCAACAACUGCCGUCUUCGCGCAUUGUUGGACUCAUUGGGGAUUCAGGGGUUGGUAAAAGUAGUCUCAUCAACUCCUUGCUCGACAAGGAGAAUUUGGUGAGAGCAAGCGGUAGCGGCACCGCUUGUACAUGUGCUGUCACAGAGUACAUUUAUCAUGACAAGGACAACUUCAUCAUUCAUGUGGACUACUUUACGUUAGACGAGUUGAGGAGACAGUUUGAAGAGCUACUAAGAGCAUACCGUGAUUACGAAGAGCUGCCUGAAACUGCGAAGAGCAAAGGUGGAAACAAGGAAGCACAGAGUGUCAACAAAGUGCUCGAGAAGAAAGCCAAUCUCGCCACCCAAACGUUCAGCGCAAUCUUCAAGGCCAAGCUCGGAAACGAGCCUACAGUUCUCUCUACCAUGGUCUUUGAACGCGCUAUAAAUCUGAUGGUCGGCUGGGCGGAAGAUUUACUCCCUCGUACGAAUGACCAAGAGUCCUUCAACACGGACGAACAAUGCUCUUCUCGGCUCAGGGAAUUGACCUCAGAAUCAGACGCGCGUGCAACCAAUGGUGCAACCCAGAACCAAUGGCCGCUAAUUCGAAAGUUGCGUGUACAUCUGAAUGCUUAUAUCCUAAGUAAAGGACUCAUCGUAGCCGAUCUUCCCGGCCUUCGCGACCAUAACUCUGCUCGCAGGGCAAUCACAGAACGAUACGUUCGACAGUGCCACCAAAUUUUCGCCGUCGCUCGGAUUGACCGAGCUGUCACGGAUGAAAGUGUCGAAGAAAUCUUUGAGCUCGCACGUCAUGCAAAGUUAUCGAAGAUUGAUGUGGUGUGCACCAGGUCCGAGGAUAUUCAGAUACGGGAGGCUAAGCACGACUGGAUCGCGGAAAGAGCGAGAAUUGAGGAGCUUGAGAGCGCAAUUGAGGCCGAUACGCAAGAGGUGGAUUCGCUGAAGGAAGAUAUCCAAGACUUCGAGCAAGACCUUAAGGAUCUGACUCGAGAAGAGCGCCACGAAUUCGAACAGCUGCAGCAAGAUUGUCGCAAAGCUGAACAGUCCAAACAGAAGCACGAGUUUGAGAUGUUGCGCCUCAUUGUCACUUUGCGGAACGCAAAAGUGUCCGAUGGAUUACGGGCAUAUUAUAAGGACCACCCCGUCGCUUCAACACUCAGAAUAUUCUGCGUCAGCAACAAGAUUUACUGGGAUCACCGCAGUAAACCCGCACCAAAAUCCGCACCUUACCUCAAGAUGAGCGGCAUCAUACAGCUUCGGCAACACUGUAUUGGAAUCGUCGCGGACAGUCGACUUCGUGCCGCUGUGAGCUUUAUCAAGGACCAAGUUCCCGCGUUCCUUGUCUCCGUGGGGCUUUGGGUCGAAGCUGGAUCUGGCAACUCGAACGCAGAAAAGAAACAACAGAUGUUGGACGCCUGGCAUCAUUCGUCUUUCAGAGCGUUCUGCUCCAAUUAUGGAGACCAUUGUACACCAACAAUAGGUCGGCGUUGCUGGAACAAGGAAGCAAUGGCACAAAUGAAGAGUGAUAUGAUUGAUAUCUGGUCCGAUUUUGCAGCGGAUAACGAUGAUCACCUUCAGGACUCUCUCGACAAGCUCGGAGAAGAUUUUGAGGACGUUGUGAGUGUCGACAGGUCUGAACUUGGGAUCAAAUCCCGAUCAGUCGCACGGGUCCUUCAUGGAAUAUUGGACCAUCGCAAGGAUCUCGUGCUUUACGGCAUCGAGGAUGCAAUUGAAGAGUAUCGUCGUGGGCUUCGGUAUCUUGAAACGGAUGCUUUGGCCCCUGUCCGGACAUCCUUCAUGGGCAAACUUAUGGAGGACACUUAUCACGCAGCGAAUAUGGAGUACGGCACGGGGAGCGAUCAACGCCGCAAAAGACUGAUCAAGGGAGGAUUCGGAGACAGGGAUCUCAUGGAAACCUACCGCCGAGCUUGUAAGGCUGGGUUCAAGGCUCUUGCCCGUUCUUUGCAAGAACAGAUCAGUGAAGUUGUGGGGCAGCAGAUCCAGCUCAUAGAGGCAGAUUUGCAGAUACUCAACAGCGAGAAUGUAGUGCUGGAGAGCGAACGAAAUCCGCAGUUCAGGAGACGAGUUGGGUCUGAGUUGGAUUUUGUAAGGAAAGAGCUAGAAAGAGCUCAGCGGAUUGUCACGACUGCGACAUAA